UCAAAAGUUGUCAUUUAAUAUUGUAUUAUUUAUGUUGUGAUACGCUUUCAUUAUAUAGGCGAUAGUCAAUGGCUUAAAUGGUUCAUUCGAACAAAGUUGGAUUUUCAAUUUAAAGAAAUUGUCUAUGAAACGGUGAAAUUGUGAAAACAUGCAGAACGUUCAGGACUGGCGCGAACGUGGCACUGAGGAUGCCAAUACCAUUUCAAUGCGCAUUUGCCAGGAGGGACAUGCAAAUGCAUUGGCGUUAAAUAGAGAAUGUAACCAAAUAGCCGUCGCUGGCCGAAGUCUUUUAAAGGUGUAUGCGAUUUAUAGUGAUGGGUUUACAGAAGUCUGCAAUAUGCGCGGUGGUAAAAAUCAAAAUCUUAGUUACUCAUCUAACGAUGUAGCUUGGAGCUCUUUGGAUAGUAAUAUAUUGGCUACAGCUGCCACAAAUGGUGUAGUAUCGGUAUGGGAUCUUAGCCGCUUCGGGCAAAAGAAACAAUUACAUGUUUAUAAUGAGCACGAACGUACUGCUCAUACAGUUGGCUUUGACAUUCACGAUCCGCACAUACUCGUAUCUGGUUCACAAGACGGUACCAUUAAGCAAUUCGACAUACGCAAUGAAAAGUCGUCAUAUACUUAUUAUAGUAAUUCAGAAUCUGUCCGUGAUGUAAAAUUUAGUCCACAUAUGCAAUAUGUGAUAUCAGCAGUAUCAGAAAAUGGCACCGUUCAACUGUGGGACUUGCGAAAAGGGGACAAAAGUAUUCUACAAUUCACAGCCCAUAGUGGACCUGUUUAUACUUGUGAUUGGCAUCCUACCAAAAACUGGCUGGCCACCGGCAGUCGUGAUAAACAAAUAAAAAUUUGGAAUAUGGAUGGGAAAGCAUCGUUGGAGCAUACAAUUCAUACCAUUGCAGUCGUAGGCAGGGUAAAGUGGCGUCCUGAUCGAACUUAUCACAUUGCAAGUUGUGCAUUAGUAGUCGAUUAUAGCAUUCAUGUUUGGGAUAUUCGACGGCCAUACAUACCUUUUGCUUCCUUCAAUGAUCAUACCAAUGUUACUACAGGCAUCGCUUGGAAGGGAGAUAAUUCUCAGCUCUUACUUUCGACCAGCAAAGACUCUACUAUUUAUAGACAUGCAUUUAAAGACGCCUCCCGUCCGGCUUUGAAGGCAAAUGCACAAGGUGCUAGUUUGGGUCAUCGUGGAGAUAUUUCUUUCGCCCGAAAAAUUAAGUUAACCCCUACUGAGACUAUUACACAUGGGUCUAAAAUUAAUUCAUUUGUCAAUCGGAGACGGCCCACAAAUACUGAUGAGCAAUUCCAUUUAGCUCAAUCAGAUGUUUGCCAGUUUAUUCUUAAGCCAUCGUACACUGGAUAUUCAGUUGAGGAGGAAACUACACAUUUAAAGGAACAUGAAUGCUUCAUAGGUUGUGCUAAAGAGCUGAUUUUGUGUGGUAGAAAAUUGGCAGAUAUGUGUGAACAAAACGCGAUUGUUACAAAAAAAUACGGAAAGCACAAUGCAACCACAUUGUGGACCUUUAUUAAGGUUUUAUAUAGUUCCACUGAAUUUAGUAAACAGAAAUACGAUAUACAUCGCAACUCUUUUUCUAAUCAAAAAAGUGUGCAAUCGUUACGUCGCCCCGCACAAAUAGCAAACGUUCACGAAGUGCUUCAGUGGGAUAGUAACCAAAAUAAUGACGUUGCCAGCAAUGACGACAGUGUAGAUAAUGGUAUGCAUCUGGAUAUCGAUUCGUCUAACGGUAUAGUGGGCGUAGGUUUGGGGAGCAUUAAACAAAAUUAUCCCCCCUUCGGUUCUGUAAUUCUCUCCGAAACACAAAUACUUAAUGAUAUAACAUUUGACAAUUUUGAUCUACUACGUGAAGGCUUCAUAUAUGUCGGACCGCCAGACUUCUCAAAAAUGCAUUCUCACCAAGAAACCGCAUUGCACCAUGACGUACAAGCGGCACGCCCACAAUUAGAUUUAAAACCCGAAUCUAAGGAUACCCCACCGUCAUCCAAUAUGCCAAGCAUUCUCAAAGUAAAUACAACGCCCGCUAUACCUAUUUGGGAGCCGCAUCAAUUUGUUGCGGAAUCGAUCAUGUUGCAAGGAGAUGUUGGCGAUGUGCAAACAAGUAUUUCAAUACUUAUCGCUAUGGGAGAGGCACGAAAACUCCUCCAAAUCGAUGAUGCUCUCGUUGAAACAUGGUUUCAAACAUAUAUCGAUCAACUUCAUCGCUAUCAACUCUGGAACGAAGCAUGUAAGGUAAUGAAUCUUUCAUGGCUUCGUUCAGUUCGCGAACUAAACCAACAAUCCACCUCAGUGCACACAAAUUGUGGUGAAUGUGGACGACCUUUGGGUAGCAGUGUGGGAUGGUACUGUCAGAAAUGCAAAUCAAUGCAGUCAUCAAAGUGCUCUGUUUGUGGUCUCAUCGUGCGGGGUCUUUAUGCGUGGUGCCAAGGAUGCUCCCAUGGUGGUCAUUUAGAACACAUUAUGGAUUACUUUGGCAAUCACUUUAAAUGUCCGAAAUGUGGUCACUUAUGUGAAUACAAUUAGUGCUUUCGAAUGAGAAUAACUGUUUUACUUACAAUCCCGUAAAAAUAAAAAUAAAUCGACAAAUACCGAA